AUGUGGAUAAUCACCGAGAGCCCCGUCGGUGGAGGUGGUGCCGCCGUAACAGAUGACGACGGUAUCAAGGACGCAACAAAGGGUAAACUGACCGAGGAAGAUGUCGCAGAACAGGGCCUUACAAAGAAGAUUCUGAAAGUCAAGUUUCCAGACAAACUUAAGUGGACUGAAGGCGAAAUUGCAGCUGUGGGUGGAAACAAUAUCAACGACAUGCUUAUUAAAAUUAAGUUGGGACCCGGGGGUGAUGUCAAUGACUAUUGCUCCUACGCCGUGAUCAAUGCUGUAUCAAAAGUUAAGAAGGCUGGCGUUGAAGCCCGCGUCGGCAGCGAUGAUUCCGUUAAGGUCUGGAUGAACGGCGAAGAGGUUCACAAAAACGCUGUCAACCGGGGUGCUGGCGAUUUUCAGGACACAUUUGAGGUGGAUCUGAAAAAAGGCGAUAACGUUUUUAUGGUUAAAGUCUGUGAACGCGGCGGCGGUUGGAGCAUGUUCGCUGGGAUCGAUGCUCCUUUGGAAUACAACCUGAAGUUCAAAGGGACUUCCUGUUGA